CGUACGGGCAAGUCGUGUUUGCUGCAACUCGCAGAUGGCGUGAUCCGAAGAAUCUCGUCUAACAAGGUCCAACACAAGCCAUAGUGAUCCAACUACAUAGUCCCGCAGCGAUCUCGAUAUAUCAUCUGCUGUGUGCCUCACGACGCGCUAAUUUAUUUUACUCUCAUUUGGGAGCGACACGUAUGCGGUAUAAGAAGCAUCGUCGCAGAUCAGACAGCGCCAACAGUUUCUCAUUAGUUAAGAUCGACUCGCCAUCAUGUUCGCCUCGCCUCUCUUCCACUUUCCUCUAUGUUUUGCUAGCCUUGAUAGCCUUUGCUGCCAAAACCAAGCGCUGAUCCUCAAUCAUGUGGUGGGGCUUUGCUUUGUCCUCAAACCUCAUCAUAGUAUUGACCUCACGAUACCAUGUACCCAGAACACGCCGGUUGGGUCUCAUAAUCUACCUACUAUGACGAACGUAUCUGAAGCAACACCCGUUCGUCGUGCAGAUAUCCCUACCAUGAUCUAGUGUUUCCAUGAAGUGCACUAGAUCGAACCGAAUUCCUAGUUCGAUUCUCGAGGUCAAACGAACCUCUGCAGUAUAGCGAAGUCGGACUAUAAAAACCCAACCAAUUAGUGGAUAUGACAGGCAGAGACAUUUUCUCUCAUGUAACAUCGUGCAGUUGGCAAAGGCAAUCGAUUUGCAUAGGUGGAAAUUCUACUACGAAACGAGGUGCGAGCGUAGGGUUGGAAUGAGGACUUGGGUAGUGGCUGGCCGCCACAGUGCAGCACGCAGCUUCUCUUCUCUGCCCACCGCACAACG